GAGCCAGUUCGUAGAGUCGAUUCGUUCGUGACCGACAAAUCACCAUUCGCCAUUGGGUGAAAGAAGAAGGAAGACGGCGGAGUUUGAACAAGCGAGAAAACUAAAAAGGAUUUGUGGUGGUCCAUGUUCUUCGUCUGUGUCGCUGUCGGCCGACGUGGUGUAUGCGGCAGAAGAGCGCCUGGAUGCGGCUAUUUGUGAUUGAUGUGGGCUAACGGCGUGAAGCGUAAACUUGAAGACGGCGAGGAUGAGGUGGCGUCUGAGGAAGCGGCGUGUGGUGCGUCUCAAGCGUCAUGGACUCUGUGGCGCCAGGCAGUCCUGAACAUGUCGCUGAUGAAGCUGUACCGUCCUCAGAGAGGCGUGGACGUCGGCCUGCAGAGGCGUGUUCUCAUCAACAACAUCAUCCGGCGUAUCCACAAUGACCUUCAGCAGGAAGGAGGCGCGAGCUCCCUCCGCUUCUCUACAACGCCACCGACUGCCUUCCAGCCCCCUGCGUCCUCCUUGGAAGUGUUGUCGUCUCUGUCAGCGUUGGACUCGUGUCUCACGCCCGCCUCGCUCCUGGAGGACGAAGUUCCUGUGUUCUUUGCUCUGCCGGCACCGUCCCCCGCCCAUCUCUAUCAUGUUCAUGCCCCCUCGAGGUCACCGUCCUCCAGAGACAGCUUCUCGUCUGCUUUGGAGGACAUUGGUGAGCUGUAUCAGUCCUCCUCAUCGCCUCCAGCUCGUCUUCUCUUUGAUGCCCUCAUGAAGGAGGAGGGGCGGGGCCUCCAGGAAGCGGAGCUCAGGACAGAGAAAGCUCCUCCUCUUGCGCUCGAUGCCACAAACUCUUCACCAUUGCCAGCGAGCCCCUUCUUGACAGACUUGGUCCUGGAUGACGUCCUUUUCACAGACAUUGACACGUCAAUGUAUGAUUUCAGACAGUGCCCCCCGCCAUCUGCCACCAAGAGGGCCGACAGCCUGGUGAGGUCGCUGUCUGGGUAUGGGGCAGCGGGGGCGGGCACUCAGAGCCCGAUGUUAAAGAUGGAUGUGACAGAACUGGAGCACAUCAUGGAGGUUCUGGUGGAAAGUUGAGGAUGCCUGGUCCAGGAUCACGUGACUCACAUGUGGGAAAGGACUUCAAAGAUGGGUGAUAAAGAUAGGAGGAGCGAAACGGUAACAAAGCGGCAUUUCAUUGGAAGACGACAUUUUGAUAAUGCUGACAAGCCGUCCACUCCUCCUUUGGAAAAGUCCAACAAUUGUCAACAUUUCAGUGCCUUUUUAAAUGUUGUAACUAAUUUUUAAAUAGGGUUUUAAAUGUAUUGUGAAUAUGAUGUAUGAAAUGUUUUCUACAUUAAAUGAAGCAAAUGUGUGCUGUCAUGUUGGAGAGCCACUUCAGAGUAAACCUUGAGCUAACGCUAAGGAAGUUGCUGCCAAAGACAUUUCACAGUUGGUUCAUUAGGGACCAAAAGUCACAUUCAAUCCAAAAAAAACACGUGUUCCUCUUAAAUUAGUUUAAUUUGUGUCAAAUUUAGAGCCCGGGCAUGCACGAUAACCUGACAGGCUCUUCAAGUGAUUCCGCCUUUUUUUUUUUUUCCAUAGGAAUUGUUGCGUACAUUUGUGUACACAGUGAGCGACCACGACCACGUUACAUCCAUUUCAUCUUUACAAUGUGCAAAGUCCUCCACACACACACACACACUCAAUUGGUCCCUUCGUCACACAACCUCAGUGGUUUGACCCCCCCAAACAUAAAACACACACACACCAGGACGGAGGCGUUGCUUUCCCGCCAGCUGCUGCUGCUGCACGAGGCGCGUGCAUGUGGACUGAAGGUGGAAACAUUCAAGCUGCAGCUAAAGCCUAUAAAUAGAUGAGAUCAAUGGAUUGAUGCUUCACAGUCUAAAUGAACUUCCCUGAUUAUGUACACCAUCACUCGGCUAGAAGAAAACGCCACAAAGUGAUGUCACUUCCUGCUUUGCUGUCAUCAUAAAUGCUUUGAAGAAAAAGAAAAGCGGAAAGAGCAACUUUCUAAAUAAAAGUGUGACGGGAAUUAAUAAAAAAAUGCUGAUGGGUCAGCUGGAAUAGGUGGGUGUGGCUUCCACAGAGGACCGGGCUUCAAUCGGGCGUAGCUUGAGAAGCCAGCGGCGUGAGAGUGGUGGGAAACAUCAGCACCUUGGCCUGCAUGAAGGACAGGUCGGGGAGGCCGGCGAUGACCUUGGCAGCCUCCUCGCUCAGGUUCUCGUCUUUCCUCGGCUUCCUGUCACACAAAUGGUUAAGGUCACCACUGAUUAUUAACAUUAAUUUAGAAAUGUUGUAAAAAUGCAUUUAAUAAAUGCCUGCUACUCUCUCUAGUUGAGUAAAGAAACAGUAGUUUGAGGUGUCAGGUCUGACCUGGUGGAGGUGCUGGUCUUCUCCAUGGUGGACAUCAGGCGGGCGAAGGCGUCCACCACGCGGCUGCUGGCACCACCAGAGUCCAUCUUGGCGGUGGUCAGCUCAAACAGCUCGGGGUCAACACCUGCAAGACAGAACGUGCACAGGCGAGAGCUGAGGGAGUGGGACUAUGACAUCACAAGGAGUCUGAGCCAAUCACAGUCCAGAGGGAAGCUAACAAUGGAGGAGCGAAAGAGGAAGGUGGUGAGCUGGCGGCCGUGACAGCUGCUGACCUGGGAUGGAGGGCGAGCAGGUGGAGCCCGAAUCGUCCACGGGACCAAAGAAGUCCAGGUUUAAGAGAAACGAGCCUCCACUGGCUGCGUCCAAAGAAGAGAGCAGAGAAGGAUGAGUAGAAGAAAUGUGUCAUUGUCCCUGAUGAAGACAAAAGUCCACCGCUUGAAGCGUAUCAAGGCAGCCUGUCUUGGUGACUUGUAACAGCACCAGCGACUCUCAGCCAAUCAGGGGAAUCAAGGGGAGGAGCUAAAAGACAAACUUGUCAUCUGGGGUGGAUUUUUGCCUCAGCAGCGUGGUAAGGAAGGUUAACGAGGUGGUCAGACGUUAAAGUGAAAAGGAAAAGAGGCGAGGGCCAACUGGAGUCUGGGGGGUGAGGGGGCCACGUACCGUCCAAAGGGUUAGUAAGGCCACUGCUGCUCCAGUCAAACUGGAUAGGGGGGAGCGCCUCCUGCUGGACAGAAGAGGAGCGAUGCUAGAAUGUUGACAAACAAACAUGUGACAUGAUGACACAUGGUCCCACCUGGACUGUGUCUGAGGUACAGAAGUUUGUCUUUGGAGGAGCUGCUGCUGCUGCUGCUGGUGCUUGUGCAAUGGAGGCAAUCAUCUCGGCUGCUGAGACGGGCUUCACCGGUUCUUUGGUGGGUUCCAACAUCCCCUGUGGACACGUAGCAUGGCUCAGUGUGUGCGUGUGUCCCAGUGCUUGGUGAAGAGGUGUGAAAGUCACUCACCAGGCCUGCGGCAUACAUGGGCACGAUGACCGGCUGCUUCUUCUGUCCUGUGAACAGCUGCAAAGACCAAAUGAUUGACAUGCUGAGGAAAUGUCCAUCUUUAGAUGUUCCACACAACAAAGUAAUCAAACAAUGACAUCACCUCAAAGCUAGUGUUCAUGAGACUGAUGUCAGAGUUCCCCCCCAUAGGACUGCAAUAGAGAUGUCAUGACAGUUGUCAUUGUCGUUUUUAUCUAGUCCUUGCUGAUUAAGCUUCAGCCUUGUCUGGAUGUACCUUGCCACUGCUGGAAGUCGUGCAAAAUCAAAGGAAGUGCUUGUUUUUUCGGACGGAAUGAUGAAGCGCGGAUUCAAUCGCAUUUUCACGCAAUACCGGACGUGCGGAAGUUAGACGUGCACGUGCAUUGGAUUCUCGAUGCCUCUCAUUCACAAGUUUGCCGCUACGAUACACUUUGACAGUCGUUUCUGAUUGCAAGGUUUGUUAAACAAGAUCUCUGUUUGGUAGAAUAGGCUUAGUGGUACUUCACAGGUGAAUGUACUGGUUUGUUUUGGGACAUUUUAUAGCAUUUUAUGUUCGUGCUUCAAGAGGGGUGAAGCACGAAGCUUGGGAGUACGACCGUAGCUCUGGUUCUAGUCUGGUUCCCAGCUAUCGGUAUUUUGGUACAUAAAUACCCACCACUGGCAGGCAGAGAUUAUAAUAAGACUUGCAAAUUUGUUGUGAAUGAAGAUAGUGUUACAUAACAGGUAGGGUUGUCCCGAUCCGAUACCGCUAUCGAUCCAAGGUGGGUGGCAUACAGUGUUACCAUCGAUGGAAAGGCUUUGUGUGUAUGACGAGGAGGACAUUGCUCCAAGAGAUUGCAUCACAACGAACAAAGAAUUGUUAGCACUAACAAACCCAGCUAUGAUAGAAACUUUUUUCCACCUACACAAAAUAAACUGGAAAAGACACCCCAGACCAGCUGGACCAGACGGACAACGGUCCAUCGAGUAAGUCACCAGCAUAUUGAUUGUGAUACAUGGAGCACGUAGCACAUGAUAUCACAACACAGUCCAUCUAGCUGUGUAUAAACAAAACAGGGAAUGUGGGCUAAUACUUCACAAAUAUUUUGGUUGUCUGUUUAUAGUUGUUCACACGCUUGUUCUUGUUUCCUAGUCAGUACAGACUGGUGUCCUAUCACAUUGUUUUGAAGUGAGUCCCGUUACUUAUCGAUAGUUGUGAGGUGCUGCGUCACUACGCCAGAAAAAUACUUCUUAGUGUUAGCUGCUACAAUAACAUCGGUGUAGCUUGGUUUAUAUACACAGGUCAGUGAUGUCAAUAGAACAUUGUUGGAUUUGUUGCACUUAGCAUGCAAUUUGACUCUUGAAAAUAUAGACAUAUGCAUACAUAUACACACAUAUAUUGUAUAUACUGUAUACACACAUAUAGACAAAGCUUUUUGUUAUUAAUAUCAACAUUUCAGCUUUUCUCAUUACAUUAUUCCUUUAACUCUAUUUUGUCAAUGUUUGCUGUUUUUUUUGUGUGUGCCACAGACCCAACAUAACACAAAUGGCCCCCAGGCCACACUUUGGACACCCCUGCUUUACGUAUUUCACCGGGAAGGGGAACCAAAGAAUCUGUCUUGUUGCUUUCAUGACUCCCACUCAUCAAAGGCUGGGCUGGACACUUGGGGAGGUGUUCUCUACGCUUCCACACCAGUGGUAUUGGGCAAAUUACCAAUGGGCAAAUACUUUGCCUUUCGUGACCGCUUAUAUUUGAUUACCAAGUAAAUGCAUGACCCCGUUUUUACUUUUUAUGCAUACUGUGUGGGAAUUGGGAACAGAUGCUAACUGUCACCUAACCGGUAGCGCCAAAUCCAAAUCCGGCCCAAAUUUGUUCGUGACGGGUCGCCAUAAAUACAUGAAUGGAUGGGAAACACUGGAUGUACUUGGUGGUUGUUUUCCGUGUUGUUAAAGUUCUAAGGAUAGAAGACAAUCUCACAAUGUUGCGUGUGUCGAUGCCCAGGCAGCACAGCAGUGUUUUGUUGCAGUACGAGCCCCCCCACUGAUGUCUCAAACCGAUGGCUUCGUGGAUGUCUUCAAGUUGCGUCCACACGCGGCCAUGCAGCGCUCUGCAGAUGACAAGACACGGGGACAAGAAGACGUGUGGACGAGCAGAAGCUGUGAUUCGUUCAUUUCCACUACCGUGCUAACCUCAUGACCUCCUGCGCUCCGGGCUGGUCUUCGUCCUUUCGUGGCCCCAGCAGGACUUUCAGCGAAACAACCUCAUCCUCCACAGGAGGGGCGGUGGCCUGGGGGAAGCUACUCUCAAACAAUUUCUCCAGCCGACUCCACAGUGCCUCCUGCAGCCGCACAAAGCAACAGUCUCCUGUCAGGUCCACAAAGUGAGACUGUGAUUGUCACUUAACAAGUCAUGUUCCUGGGGGCAGAGCCAGCACCUGCACAUGUCCACUACACAUGUGCAUGUGUGUUGAAGUCAAAAGGUCU